AUGAACGGAAGAAGCAUCCAAAGUGCAAGCAAUGUAAAGAAAGAUAUCUUGGUCUGGCUGAACUGCAAAACCAUCAACAAAUUACAAAACAUUGCUAUUGUCGCGAGUCGCCUCACGCAUACACGAAGUACCACGCAUACGACUCCAUACCACUGCUGUGAUUGCGGUCGAGAUUACACCAACCAGGAAACCUUGAGUUACCAUUGCUGCGAUUGCGAUGAAGUGCUUCGAGAUCAUAAGUUCCUGCGAAGACAUCUCUCCGGGAAGAAGCAUAUUCGUAAAGUCGGAGUUCUGAAGUCGAAGAGCUCUCACAAUGACCCACACAAUUGUAACAAGUGCGAUGAGACAUUCCAAGACAAGAAACAAUUAAGAAAGCAUAUGUCAAGCCAUCGUGAUAUUCCUUGCCCAACUGGUGGGAAAUGCAACAAGAUGUUCGCGAUGCCAUCUGCCCUCCUGAACCAUCUUGAGAGCGGCUGCUGUCGCUCGGGAAUGACUCGAGCCAAGAUGCACCUACUCGUUUCCGCCCACGAUCCUAAUCGCUAUAUUACAUCGGUUGAGGCCGUCAAAUCGAUUCACUCUUCUGAACAUAUAUCUACUAAGUACUACUUCCUUUAA